AUGUCUUCCAAACACCUCAAUUGCGAAUCUCUGGUUUUAUCUGCUCAGACUGACUUGAGCAGAAUGGAUGCUUCUGCCAACACCCAAGCUGACACUUCUUUGGAAACCAUUGGUCGCAUCUGCAACGUUCUGGCUACCUGCUCCACUGCCCUUGCUGAUGCCAUUGAGCAGAAUCUCUCUGAGGAAAGGAAGAAUCAAAUCAGGCAAACCAUUACAACAAUAGAAGGUGACUUGACUAUUCUUAUCUCUGCGCAUGGUCACCUACUGCAUUCCAGCCUAUCUCCUGCUGAGCAAGAAACCCAUCAAUCCUGUGUUGUGCCCAGAGAAAUGCCCAUCUUCCAGUGGCAAGGAAACGAGUGGGACACCACUCAGAAAGUGUACUCUUCUAUCGAAGAAUGUUUUGAAAAAUUGGAGGAUGUACUCCAUUCUUCCCCUGAGCUCCACUGGUCUUUUGCACGUGAUGCAUUUAUCUGUGUCUAUGGCAUCAACGAUCUGGAACGUCAGGUACAACUCACACAUGAGCUGAUGCUCAUGAGAAUGAGAGCCACAGAGUCCGCCAAGGUGGCUGACAACAUGCAAGCCGCUAUAGCUUAUACUGCCACCCUCCUGCCAGAGCUGGCCUGCCAAGUCUCACUCCUGCAAGUAAACAUGCCCAGAGAAAAAUGGGACACUAUUGAAAAGGCGGCCUCUCUGGCCAGGUCAAUCUACAACACAGUGCCACACACACCUACUCGCCCUUCUUCUGCUUGCUCUUCUAGUUUUUUCCGCGAAAUCACACAGAGCUGUGAACGCUCCUCAAGCAAGAAGUGUUCACUUCAUGGUAAGGGCAAUCAUGACACUGAGGAUUGCUGCAUUCUCAAGACGGCCCUGGCAACCAAGGGAGGUAAUUGGGUGGAGAAAACACCCCACAUCAACAAAUACGUUGGUUCUACCCCUUGUUGCUGGUGUGGUGAAGUUUGGUCUUGCAAACAUUGCUGUACUUCUGUCUCUGGCUCCUCCAGUUUUUUGGGUUCUGUGUCUGGCUCUUCUCAGAGAUCUGCCCCCCACUUUGCUGUCCAUUCUGUAUACGCUGUCACUAACAACAGCACUUUCUUGGAGGCCAGCUCCUCUGAAGACGACCAGUCCAUGGUCAUGAACUUUGAACAGUGCUCCCCAUACACUGGGGCUACCAUCAGCUCUGUCAACAUCAAACUCUGUAGCAAAUUUGAGUGGUUGAUAAUUCCUUGCAAACGAAAAAUUGUGUUGGCCACUUUUUUGGAUCUCGCUGGGAAUAUAGAUGUUAGUAUUGCUACAUAUUUAAUGCUAAGUCUUAGUAUUCAUUUACUAGGACUAGCAGAGAGUUGGUACAGCUCUACUAUGGCAAAUAGGGGCGGUUUUUUGCAUUUGUGA